AUGAUUGAAGAAGAAGUCCACCAACAAUUCAGAUUAAAUAAAGCUGCUAUCUUGGAACUUUAUGAAAAAAUUUUGCUAAAUUUAAAUAGUAAAACCAAAAGAUCCCAUGCGGUAACAGGAGUCACCAAACUUCUUAGUGUCUUGUAUUUCAUGGCCUCCGGCCUAUUUCAACAUGUUGCCUCGUCUAGAUUUGGAAUAAGCCAACCGACUUUCUGUCGUAUACUGAAACAGGUUUUAAGAGCAAUGAUGUUAGUAACCAAAGAUUACAUUAAAUUUCCCACAACCAAUGAUGAGAUUCUGAAAAUAAAGGAGAAAUUCUUCAAUAUAGCUGGUUUUCCGAAUUUUGAAAUCCUUGAUAUUGUUCCGAACUUUCCGGGAUCAUGUCAUGAUUCCUAUAUUCUGCAGGGUACUGAACUUUUUCGUCGUUUUCAAAGGGGAGAUUAUGGAGACAGUUUACUUCUAGGUGACAAUGGCUACAGACUCAAUCAAUCGCUCAUGACACCUUACCUUUCUCCUUCUACAUCAGCGGAACUAAGAUUUAAUCAUGCUCAUAAAAAAACUAGAAGUAUUGGUGAAAGGACUUUUGGGAUCUGGAAAAGCAGAUUUCGUUGCCUUGAUGUUAGUGGUGGAGCUUUGCUUUAUGAGCCAAAAAUUGUCUGUCAAAUUAUUAUUGCUUGUGCAAUACUACAUAAUAUUGCCAAUGCUCAUAAUUUAGAAACUUCAAUUGCAGAUGAUUUAAGAGAAGAAAUCCAGGAAAACUUUGAAGGAAACAUACCCAGUGAUAAUGCAGCUCAACUAGUGAGACAGCAGAUUACAGUGGAUUUCUUUGGCAAUCGUUUGUGA